AUGGGCGAGUUCGGAAACGGAGAGCUCGAACGUUCCGAAGAAAAACUUUUGUCGUUUCUCGAAAACGAAAGGAAGAAGGGGGAAAGCAUCGAAGUGUUUAAAUGCGCUAAUGAGAAAGAAGUCCAAUCAGUGAUGACCUUCCGGUUUGCCGUGGCCGCCGCCUUCAAGACUUACAACGAAGGAAAAGGUUACCGCGGGAUCUCCGUGGACUACGCCCUGCGAAAAAAUGACUUUAGCGUGCCGGUCCUCCCCUUCGAUAGAGAGAAGAACUUUCCAGAACCCACGAGGAGAUUGCGGUAUAUGCACUUCGCUUGCAACGUCGCCCACGAGGACCUGUCCUUCCCGCCUUCUUUCCAAAGUAAGAGCGGCCUUCUUCCAACCGACGUCGAGGGCCUCACAAGUAUGAUCAAAGAAGCGCUCAAGGCCAACGGGAUCCGACUGCCAGCAGAGCAUGGGCACGGCGUGGAAUACGAGGCGCCCCCCGAGACCCAGCAGCGCUGGAGAGAGCUCGACCCGUUGAACAUGAUGAAUCCAGGGGUCGGAAAAACUUCGUUCAAACGGAACUACGCUUGAGCAACGCUCUUGUUUAUU